UGCAUCAUAGUCAUGCCCGACUUGAAAACGCAUAUUUCAACAGAACCGUAGUUGGAGUGCAUUCCCAUGUUUACCCUUCUCACAAGCCAAAUUGACCUGUUCUUUUAUCGUGUCCCCUCCCCUUGUAUUCGUCAGCUCCGAGCAGCCAUUGACCACCUUUCUUUAAACGCCGGCCACUAGCACAGUUACCGAUCGGAGACUGGAGAAACAGAUUUUCGUUUGCUUGACGAGAAAAUAGAUUGAAACGGACACGGAAAUUUAAAGGAGAAAUAGAAAAUGAGGUCGGCAUCUACUUGUGGUACAAUAAACAUCGCUGCUAGUGCUCAAAAACUCGAUGUCGAUAAUCGGAUUUCUCUCCGAUACUAUUACAGAAUCGCUGAUAAUAUUCUCAAACAGGCUGACAUCUUUCGAGAAGAAAAUAAUAUUAUAGAUCUGUAUAUUAUGCUUUUAAGGUUUUCCAGUUUGGUAUCAGAAACAAUACCACGUCAUCGAGAUUAUGGGGCAUCUCAACAAAGCAAAAAAGUUAAUUUGAAAAAGAAAUUAUUAAAUGCUGUGAAUGAGUUGGAGGAUUUGAAGCCAGAAGUGCAGCAAAAGAUCAACGAAUUUAACAGAAAACACACACAUCAAGUAAAUGGGAGGGACUAUUUCCUGCAAAAUGAUUCAUUAGAGUGGCCUCCUGUUAAAAAGAAAACCUUGACUAGCUAUAAUGGGAUAAAGGCUCUGAGGCCGCCUACACGAGAAUUUGUUUCUCAAGGUUCAAGAACUCAGCAAUUUUCAUAUGCUAGACCAGUGGAAGAGCAGUUCCGGAGAAUAUCUUUAAACUUCCCACGUCCAAAGGAGGAGACUCUCUCCAGACAUUCUAUACUGGGUCCAAAUGGGCUUCAUGGGCAGUGGCAACCACCUAGGAGUGACAAAGGAGUUCAGUAUCCAAGCUAUGUGGACCUCACUCCAAUAGAAAUCCCAAGCCUGCAGCAAUCUACAGAAAAUGCAGUUACAGUGAAUAAGAACUACAGCAAUUCAGAACACAAUAACCUUCAAAAAUCGAUCGAAAAUGGAUUUACAUUAAAAUCAGACAGCAGCAGCCCAGAGCCUGAAAGAUCAAGUUUAGAAUCAGUUGUUUCUGUUAGUGAUGAUAGUCAGAUGCACCAAACUGAAGAACCUGCUUCCAUGAUUUCCUUUGAGACAAUUGAAAUCCCUGUUCAGACAGAUCUGAUUAGACAACCUUCUCCUCCAGCUGUGCUUGCUGAAGUACAAGAUUUGAUACCUUCAUUGUCGCCCCAAGUUACUGAAGCAGAGCAUAAAAUGGACAUUUCCUCACCUAAUGAUUUUGUUCAUUCUGAAUCUCCCCUGCAAUUGCACAUUUCAACCACGAUGAUGGAGAAUUUCAUGAAGUUGGCAAAGUCAAAUACCGAUAAACAUUUAGAAACUUGUGGUGUCCUAGCUGGUUCUCUUAAAAACAGAAAGUUCUAUGUUACAGCUCUCAUUAUUCCAAAGCAGGAAUCUACAUCAGAUUCGUGUCAGACUACAAAUGAAGAGGAAAUAUUUGAAGUACAGGAUAAGCGAUCUCUAUUUCCUCUCGGGUGGAUUCAUACACAUCCUACACAGUCUUGUUUCAUGUCAUCAAUUGAUCUUCACACCCAUUAUUCCUAUCAGAUAAUGUUGCCAGAAUCUGUUGCCAUUGUCAUGGCACCAAGAGAUACUUCAAGAAAACAUGGCAUUUUUCGGUUGACAUCCCCUGGUGGCAUGUCCGUUAUAAGACACUGCCAGCAACGUGGAUUUCAUCCACAUGAUCAACCUCCAGAUGGUGGGCCGAUUUACAACACCUGUACAGAUGUCUAUAUGAAUCCCAACCUAAAGUUUGAUGUUAUUGACCUACGAUAAUCUUGUUCCAAUCUCAAGCAAUCUAUAAUGUUUUGGCAAUGCAAUUGUUCAUAAACCAUCAAUUUAUGGUGAGUGGCUUUACCAUUUAUGUGUUCCUUAUUAAAUUGUAAAGAAGUGAAUAUAUUACAACUGCCUGUAUACUGAUACGAAUCAGUCUAUUUGAACUGGAAAAAUACACGUUCAAACUUUUCCAGCGAGGACUCAGUCCCCUUGCUGGUUUAUGACCGUUACAUCCCUGCAUGCACAUAUGCAUGCAUAUGUACAUGCUGGCUCAAAUGCAUUUACAAGCUUGAUAUGCUCCUGCAAACUGGGGCAGGGGGCGGCUAGUGGUUCUAGUGGUUCUUUCUUUUUUAAAAGAAUCCAGUUCAGAAUUGAGUGGUUCUAGCUGGUUCAAGUGGUUUCAAAGUAGUUUCCAGCUAGUUCUGGGUUCCGAUAGCCCUUGACUGUCUGGUGUGAACAUCAGGAAAAUGAAAGCUCAAGGAAGAAAGCAGUUAAGCAAACAUGGAGAAAUCAUGAAAAGAAAUGGAGUGAUGUAAAAGCAAAAGGUGAGAUAAUAAUAAUCUCCACAGAAUGUGUGCAUUGGGAAAUCAGCUUUGGUGGGUGGGUGGACUCUUUUAGGAAUGGAUUUAUUUUUCCUUUCUAA